AGCUGCAGUCCUACAUGCGGAACCAGACGCUCUCGACAAUAGCAUGGGACAAGUUAGCUCUGGUUUGUCACUCGGCUGGAUGUUAUGACACCCUCAGACUUAUCCUCGGAAACCGUACGAUGUACUCGGCCUCAGUUUUCCUGGAACCUUAUAGCAAUAAUGUUAAGACAAAGAUGGGCUUUCAAAUGCCUGCAUUGAUGUAUGGGACCCAGCUAUCGGAGGAAGGACACCCAUGUGCAAUUAAAGGCUUUGACUGGAACCAGUUUUACGACGUCUGGCAAUGCCCGAAAAUCAAACUAGAAGCUAGUGGAUUUGGACACUGUGAUAUUCUCGACCCUGAGGCGUGGGAAGCAUGCCACCUUACCCAUUUCUGCAAGACGACAAAUAACACACGACUAUCCGAAUAUCGGCAGUUCGUCCAGGGCGCUGUCUCCAGUUUCCUGAUAACUACUCUACAGGGGCGUACUGACGCCUUGUCUUACAUAUCGGACGUUCGCAAAAUUCCAUUACCUGUUAUGGAUACGAAGGCUGAAUUCAAUUGUUCAACGAUUCAUUAGAAGUAUCGGGUAAAACAUAUUGCAAGUGCAGAACGUUUGUGUAUAUAUCGGCAUUCAUAUCUUUUAAUCUGUGAAGCAUACAGUCUUCGUUCAUAUUGUCUCUGACUCCUCGAGCUCGAGCGUCCUAUUAACAGCCAGGGUCAUUUCAGGAUGUGUCUGGUUCUUGGAUGAAGCACGGCAAAAUCGAGGGCUUUGUUAGUUACAGACAGAAACCAAUAAAUAUUUAAUAUUGAAAAGUCAACAUGAAACCAACGAUGGUCAGUCUGAAACGGUCAACAUGUUAUAUAAGAGCCCGUGUUUCUUUUUAAAGGGCUGCUACAGGUAAAUUAUUGUUAUGACUCAUACAUGCUUCCUGCUGAAGAUCUCAUAAAGAAUAAAAUUCGGGCCAAUUUUUGUUGGCCAGUAACAAAAUUCAAAAA